CGAAUGUUUCCGAUUAAAAAGUGACAUUUCAUCUGCUUACCAAAUCAACGGGAGCUACUUGCGGUCGGUAGUACUUGCGAAAAAAUCAACAUGUUACAAAACAUUCGUUUGUUUCCCUCCGCUAGCCUGGCGAGACGAUGGAUACACACAACAGUAGCGUGCAGCAAAUCACAAUCGGGCAAAUAUAAAAUUACUCCCAAGGGCGAUCGCCCACUGACUUAUGAAAUGGCCAAUCCACCUUACCAGAUAGCCCACCGCAAGGCUUGGAAUUCGUGGAACACUUCCAACCUACAGGGCGAGGAACGUGCCUCCCAAACCAUGCUGGAAGAUGAUUUCAUACGUCGCUUUAUGGUCGGUACCUGGCACGGUCUGGUGCUGUCGGAGGUGAUAAUCAAGCGACAACAUAACCACGUACGGAUAGCGGCCAUCAUGCGCCGGGGAAUUACGCCUCGCAAGAUGUACUUUCUGAUAGGAUACUGCGAAGAGCUGCUGAGCUACUGGCUCCAGUGUCCGGUGACGCUGGAACUACAGACCACGGAAGACAGGAAGGAUGUUAUUUUUAAGUAUAUCUAGGCGAUGAAUCGGAUAUUGAAUUCUACACACGAUUAGAAUUAAUUGAACUAUAAUUAGUGAGUCAAAAACUUA